AUGGCGGAGCGUGGGUUGGCUCCGAGACAGUUGCAGGAGCACCGGAACUGCAGGCGGUAUCAGGAGAACCUGCCUUCCAAGUGUUUCAUGAAGCACACGAGGCUGAAGUUUCCCAGAUUCAUGAACAGCCAGCACUGGGUGUUUGUGAGAGAGGGACUGGAUGACUUCCGGAAAGGCUGUCCCCCACACCAGCACCCCAAGGGUGUUCUGCCUCAUAUUCAUCACAGACUUCCCCAAGCUACCCCUGAGAAGAGGCAGAAUGGACUGCCCAAGGGGGCAGCCCGGUCAUCCAAGCUUUCACAAGCAAGGAAGGCAUUCUUAGAGGACAUGGAAGAUAACAUGGCCCUACACCCCCUGGCUCUCUACCCACAUCUGGAAGAAGCUUUGCCUGCUGAGCUCUUAUUGCAGGUGCUGGAAGUACUCGACCCUGAGAAGAAGCUGGUGGACACGUGGGCUUAUUGUCGGGAUACCAAAAAAUUGUUGAAGGAGCCCACAAAGCUUGUAGAAAAAUGUUCUUCUCAAGUUUUUGCCGGGCGGCCCAAGAAGAUGCCGGUGUCACAUUCAGACCAGUGGCUUUGCAAAGAAAAGCCAAACAAAGUGAAUUCGCUCUAUAAAGACAGUCUCCUCCAUGACAAUGUACGCAGAGGAGUCCAAGACUUCUGCAACUGGGCCAAGGCACUUGGAAGUUUGCCCAUCGAUGAAGAGUUUGUCCUGCAGCAGUUUGACACUGACUAUCAGACCAGACACAGCUGUGAUGCACUUCAUGGGAGGACAAGGAUUCAGGACAAACCCUUAAUCAAUGGUCGACCUUCCCUGAGAGAGCACAGUGGGCGCUGGAAGGAACCCCAGGCCUCUGCAAGAGCAAAUCCUCAUAAGCCCAAGUGGGUGAAGAUGAGGUAUGGAGCCUGGUAUCUCAAGACCAACCUGUGGAAGAAGCAAAGAGCAGAUGAACCCUUGGUUGAUCCCAAGAUUUCACACAAAGCUCAAGAUGCCAACUUUAAAAACCAUCUUCGAGAGCAGGUGGAGCUGCUCCCAGGCCUGCAUGGAACCAGAACCACUGCCUUUAAGGACUUCCUUCUGAGCAGGGGUUACAGGAUGCCCAGGUUCCUUGAGAAGAUAUAUGCUGAGGAGAGAGGUAAAUCUGAAAAUAUUGAGACUCCUAAACUCACACCAACAGAGAGGAAUUCUGGGAGAAGAUAA